AUGGAGCCGGGCACCGCCGUCUUGGACCUGAUCACCCCCGCAUCAGAAAUCGAGGAUUUGCCUGGAGCCUGCAACUGUACGCUCACGGGGAUCAGCGGUGUGGCCUCUGUAGACGAUUUCCUGGGCUGCGACAACUUCCUGAGCAGCCAGGGGGACGACACCUACUACUGCUAUGUGGUGAGCCCCGAGGCCUGCCCCGCCGUCCAAGCCAGUCCCCGCUUCUCCGGCGCGGGCUACCGAGGCUGCAACCCUGAAGUGGACGCCGUGGUCGCAGGAGCCCCCGACUCCUUCACGCUCUGGGAGCUGGUGGCCGAGUCACCCAGCCUCAGCUUCCUGGCCACUGCCCUGGAGGUCGCCAACCUCACCGACACCCUGGCAUCCGCCGGGCCUGACGGUCAGGGGUACACCCUCUUUGCCCCCAGCAACUAUGCCAUCGCCACGUUCCUGGAGUCCACGAACACGACCAUCGGACAGUUCCUGGCCUCACCCAAGCUGUUGGCCAUCCUGCUCAACCACGUGACCUCAGGUGGCACGUACAAUGCGACUCAGGCUGAUGAGGCGGGGUCCAGCGGUGGGAUCCCUACCCUGUCCCCCGGGCUGUUCAGCGACAUCCAGGCCAGCCUGGAGGGCGGCUUCACCGUCACUCCGACCGACGCCGUCCCCUUCCAGGCGCUCGUCCUCGCCAACUCGGUGUAUGGCGCCGACGGGAUCAUCGAGGGCACCGUCGCGACAGCUGAUGUUGCAGCAGGAAACGGGCACCUGUACAUAAUCAGCAACGUGAUCGCGCUCCUGGCUGAUGUCGUCACCGCUGUUGGGAACGAGCCCCGGCUGUCCACCUUCACCCAAGCCCUGAACGUGUCUGGCAUCGGGCAACUCCUGUCUGAGGACUGCCCCGACCCAGAGACCGCCAUCUGCAAGUACUCGCCCAUCACCGCUUUUGCCCCCACAAAUGACGCUUUUGAUCAGCUGGCGUCCGACCUGGGGGUGGACGUGGAGGGCCUGUUGGCACUGCCAGAGUUGUCGGACAUUCUGCUCUACCACUUCACAGACCCAAGUCUGGUGACCAGCCCCAUCGCUCCAGAGCAGUUGGUGUCGGACACGACCCUGGGCACCCUGUACGAGGGCAAGAACAUCACUGUCGUGAGCAACAGCACGAGCCUGCCACUCGGGGUGAACCGUCUGACAGGAGAGACCCUAGUGACCACGGUGCGAUCCGUGAGCCUCGAGAGCGUGGACGGCCUGUCCAGCGCCCAGGUCAACCUUCGGGGCUCGCUGGCCGGGUACAAUGGCGUGGCCAUCCUGAUCGAUGAAGUCCUGCUGCCAUUCGCACUUUCUAGCAACGGACCCAGUGCCAGCCCGGAGCCCCUCUUGGACUGA